CGUUGAUUGACAUAUUUUAUGAUGUUUGUUAGGUUAUGGUUAUAAAAUAAAUAAAUUUGUUUGAUUUAUUUAGGGGAAAGUUUUGGAUUAGGUCUGGGCUCUGGGCAUCCCUGUGGAGUGUUGGAGAUAUUAUCAUGGGAAAAGUAAAGAAACCAAAACCAACAGCUCCAAUUGCUUUUGAACCAAAAAAUAGUACCACUCCAAUACAGGAAUCCAUUUCCUACAACUUUGAUUUUAGUAUAAAACAAGGAAAAUCAGCUGUGUCAGAUGAUGUAAAAAGUGUUCUCUCAUACAAGUCCAUUAAGUCGCAUAAUCCAAUUAACAAGAUUAUUAAGAAAAAAGAAAAAGUGAAUUUGAAACGAAAGUUACUGAUGAAAAAAAUAGAUUUAGGCAAUGAACUAAAGAAAGAACAAAAAAUCAGAGAAAAGAGAAAAAACUUAGCGCUUAUUGGUGACACUAAUUCAUUGCGUGAUGCUUUACCUUCACUGGACUCAUUAUUAAAGAAAAACACAGAUUUUGAUUGUAAGGCAGGUAAAGAACCUAAAAAGAAAAAGGGUAUAGAGAAAGCUACUAAGAGAAAAAAGAAACUUACAAGUAAUAUGGAAUUUUAUAAGAGAGCAGUCAAAGACACAACAUUUAAGAAAAAUCCUUUUGCUGUUAUAUCACAGCAUGUUCAGGCUGUGGUUCAACAAGAAAGAUGUAAAAUAAAGUAGAGUAUCUGAAUUGUUAUUUUGUAAUAUAUAUUACAUUAAGAUGACUUACAUUAAUAAGUACUUAUAUAGCAAUUAAGAGAAAGUGUAGUUUUUGUGUAUAGACAAAUAAUAUUAUAUUUUUUAUUUGUUACAAUUAACAAUAUAAACAAUCUUUAGCAUAGCAAAACCGUUAA